CACAUCUCGGAUGACAGAAAUCUGCUAACAUGAACACAAUGUCAGACUGGAUGAAUGAAGUGAAACAAAAUAGGAAUUCAGUCUAAUUUUCAGGUCUGCAGGUGGUAUUGAAGUCCAUUAUGAAAGCCAUGGUACCUCUGCUGCAGAUUGGCCUGCUGCUCUUCUUCGCCAUCCUCAUGUUCGCUAUCAUUGGCCUCGACUUCUACAUGGGCAAGUUCCAUCGCACCUGCUUCAGGAUAGACACAGGCGAGCAGGCAGCAGAUUUCCCCUGUGGCCUGGAGGCUCCGGCCAGGACCUGUGAUAAUGGCACCACCUGUAAGGAGUACUGGAUCGGACCCAGCUUUGGCAUCACCAACUUUGACAAUAUCCUCUUUGCUGUUCUCACCGUUUUCCAGUGCAUCACUAUGGAGGGAUGGGUGGACAUCCUCUACAACGUGAGUCCACUUUAGGGAAACACAUAUGGUCCUUACG